AUGUGACUCUGAAAAUCGCUAUGUUGGUAAUCCACUUAGAGGAACAUGUUAUUACAGCCUUUUGAUUGAUUAUCAGUUUACAUUCAGCUUAUUACAGGAAGAUGAUCGCCACCAUACUGCCAUAAACUUCAUAGCAAACCCAGAACAGUCAAACAAAAAUUUGGAUAUUUCAAUUAAUGCAUCAAACAACUUUAAUCUCAACAUUACAUGGUCGGUUGGUUCAACAGCUGGAACAAUAUCUGGAGAGGAGACUCCUAUAGUUUCCAAGACUAAUAUAAAAGAAUACAGAGACAGUUUUUCCUACGAAAAAUUUAACUUUAGAAGCAAUCCAAACAUUACAUUCUAUGUAUAUGUCAGCAACUUUUCAUGGCCUAUUAAAAUACAGAUUGCAUUCUCACAACACAACACAAUCAUGGAUCUUGUGCAGUUUUUUGUCACCUUUUUCAGUUGUUUUUUAUCUUUAUUAUUGGUGGCUGCUGUGGUAUGGAAGAUCAAGCAAACAUGUUGGGCUUCUCGGCGGAGAGAG